GCGAGAUCUGUCCACGGGCGGCGCGUCUGUCGGCUGUUUAAAUAAGCGUUUGUGGGAGAGAAGGCUCGCCUAGGAAGAACCGGGACUGAGGACGGUCUCAUCUCUUCGCCACAGUCCGUUCUGUGCGUGUGUGUGUGUGCGUGUGGGCUGCCCUGUGUUGUGUAGUCCCUCCGCCCGCUCAGCUUCAACAGCACAAACCACGGGGACGAGCCAACGUUUAGCUGAUAAGGGAAGUGGGCUCCGUCUUCUCUUCCAUCAGACAGAUGCUCCCAGCCGCCCAGCUUGACAAGAGUGAUGGGAUGUUUCAACUAGCAGAUGAGGCAGUCCUGGACGAUGUGAUCAGACUGAAGGAUUCAUCUGCAGUGUUCAUACCAGAGCGAGACAGAGGAGGGACAGAGGAGGAGGACAUCGAAGACACAAGGAUGGGCGUGGGGAAGAAUACAACCUCCAAGUCAUUGGACGGCAGCAGCGAGGAAGGAAAAUAUGAAGAGGAGAUAAAACACGGCGCAGAUUUCUACCCAAUUCCGGUGGUGGUAAACGGAGUGAGCGGUGCCAGUGGAGACCAGGAUACUGAGAACACAGAGCUAAUGGCCAUCUACACUAAAGAUAAUCAAGGAGCAGAAAAGAGCUCGAUGUCUGAGACGUUGGACAGCACAGACAGUAUGGACGCAAGGAGGAUGGAUAUGAUCUAUACUAUUGAAGACACCCCACCCUGGUACCUGUGUGUGUUCUUAGGCUUACAGCACUACUUGACAUGUUUCAGUGGGACGAUCGCGGUGCCUUUCCUCCUCGCUGAGGCGAUGUGCGUUGGAUUUGAUCAGUGGGCCACCAGUCAGCUCAUAGGGACCAUCUUCUUCUGUGUGGGGAUCACCACCCUUCUACAGACCACACUGGGCUGCAGGUUGCCUUUGUUCCAGGCCAGCGCUUUCGCCUUCCUUGCACCAGCCAGAGCCAUUCUGUCACUGGACAAAUGGAAGUGUAAUAGUACAGAGGUUCCAGCAUUGAAUGGCACAGAGCUCCUCCACACAGAGCACAUCUGGCAUCCCAGGAUACGAGAGAUCCAGGGGGCUAUCAUCGUGUCCUCCCUGGUCGAAGUGUGUAUCGGAGCUCUGGGUCUGCCUGGGAUUCUGCUGAAGUACAUCGGACCUCUGACCAUCACCCCCACUGUAGCUCUCAUCGGCCUGAGUGGUUUCCAGGCUGCAGGGGAGAGGGCUGGAAAACACUGGGGCAUUGCUAUGCUGACUAUCUUCUUGGUGCUGCUCUUCUCUCAGUAUGCCAGAAACGUUCACUUCCCUCUCCCGAUCUAUAAAGCCAAGAAAGGCUGGACUUCCUAUAGGCUCCAAGUCUUCAAAAUGUUUCCUAUCAUCAUGGCCAUCCUGGUGUCAUGGCUGCUGUGCUUCAUUUUCACUGUGACUGAUGUUUUCCCGCCAGAGAAGGACAAGUAUGGUUUCUACGCCCGUACAGACGCACGUCAAGGAAUCCUCACAGCUGCACCGUGGUUUAAGAUCCCAUAUCCAUUCCAGUGGGGCGUUCCUACUGUAACAGCUGCAGGUGUGAUCGGUAUGAUGAGUGCUGUGGUGGCCAGCAUCAUUGAGUCGAUUGGAGAUUACUACGCCUGCGCUCGCCUCUCUUGCGCUCCCCCACCUCCCAUUCAUGCCAUCAAUAGGGGGAUAUUUGUGGAGGGUAUUUCCUGUGUGCUGGAUGGUCUUUUCGGGACAGGAAAUGGCUCUACCUCCUCCAGUCCUAAUAUAGGUGUCCUGGGAAUCACAAAGGUGGGCAGCAGGCGUGUGAUUCAGUACGGAGCUGCCAUGAUGCUGCUGCUCGGGCUGGUGGGUAAAUUCAGCGCCCUAUUUGCCUCUCUGCCUGACCCUGUCCUGGGAGCUCUGUUCUGCACCUUGUUUGGUAUGAUCACAGCAGUGGGACUGUCCAACCUGCAGUUUGUCGACCUCAACUCCUCCAGGAACCUCUUCGUUCUGGGCUUCUCCAUCUUCUUCGGUCUGAUGCUGCCAAGCUACCUCAAACAGAACCCGCUGGUCACAGGCAUAGUAGAGGUGGACCAAGUGCUGAAUGUGCUCCUCACCACUGCCAUGUUUGUUGGAGGCUCUGUCGCCUUCAUUUUGGACAAUACUAUCCCUGGUUCCCCUGAAGAACGAGGCAUUAGGAAGCUGAAGCGUGGCUCUGGUCUCAGUGCGGCAGAACUGGAAGGGAUGAGAUCUUAUGAUCUGCCUUUCGGAAUGGACUUCAUCCGCAGAUACCCCAUCUUCAAGUACUUCCCCAUCAGCCCCACGUUCACAGGUUAUCAGUGGGGGAGGCUACCAGAGGCCUGCAGGAGCAGAAUGGGGCACAGAGAUGCGGUGAAGGGAGGAGGAAUGGGAGGGGAGGGAGGCACAGCACCAGGGGAGAGUCGGGUAUAGCCAACGUGCUCACAUAUGGCUGAAUUUGGGGAGCAAGGGAUGGUACACUAAGAUAAAAGGAUGUGAGAGUGAACGAUAGGAGCGGUGCAGGAUUUGGGAUAGUGUGGAAUAAAUGUGAUGCACCAACCCCCACGCCCACCCCACCCCCCACCCCCUGUCUUUGUGUUUUCUUAAGCUGGUAUGAGUCUGUUGCCACUUCCCACUAUGCUAUUUUAAGCAUGCUAUAGCAAGUCACAGCAUGCUUUAAAAAGAUGUCACCACAUAGUUGGUGUGUGUGUGUGUGUGCGUGUGUGUGCACGAGUGUACAGUACGCAGCAAGAGAUGACGGCACUUUAAUCCAGAGGGAGAGACAGAUGGAUGUCAAACAAUCAAAGCUGAAUGUUUGAUGAUUCACUGACUCAUAAUCACUUCUAACUCCUACAGCCCAUGUCAUUUAAUGAAACGUAUUCUACCGAAAGCACGGUAGCUUUGAUUAUGUCAAUUGAGGAUUAUGCAAAAUUUCUGUUACGAACCCUUUGCCUCUAGACUCAUUAUGCAACUGCAUUAGAGAUACACACAUGCACACACACACACACACCAGAGCACGUCGGGGUCAUGCAGACUGAAAGAAGGUGCCCUUAGAAAUGCAGAGUGAUUGUGAAAUAUAUUUUUGCACUGCCUCCUGAAUUCAAAUUUAGAAUGUCGCUCCAAAGUUCGAUCCCCCAUUUCUUUGGUAAAACUCCUCAGAGACCCAUUUAGCAGCACAUCACACCCGCUCAUCUCUUGCUUGAGGAACCUCACAUCUCUCAAUGUUUUUUUUUUUUUUUUUUUUUUUUUUUUUAAAUAGUAGAGUGCUGAUAUUCACAAGAUCUCCCUUGUGAGAGGGGAAAAAAUGACUAACUUACUGGUUUACAUUUCUUUAUUGUGUCAGUAUUAUGCAUCAUUUACUAACAAGACCAAAACUGCAGUUUACCUGAACACACCUGCUUUUCAUUUGACUGUCGAAUGGGACUUGAUUAGUUUUACUUCAUUAUGAAACAAAAUUUAUUUUGGUUUCAUAAUGUUUUUUAAAUUUUUAUUUAAUAACCUUAAUUUGCGUAUUUCACGUCUCCUCUAAUGCACUUGGGCACUUACAUAAUGAAACAAGCUUUUAAUAAUGCCUAUACUGCUCUAAUGACAGCAGUGAAUUUACAAAACCUAUACUAAUGGCACACAGUAAGACAGAUGUGGCCUUGUCAGAGAGACUUUGAAAUGUUGUGUACGUAAAUACUAGACUAAAAAUUAAAAUGACACCAGGAGAAAUAAAUCCUCUCUGUGGAUGUUCUCUCGCAGUUUUUAAGGGGGCACUUGUGCUCUGUUUUUAGCAGUAAUGUGUGUUAAUGUAGGAUUUACUGAAACUGCACCAUAAAUAAUACACCCCUGCCACUAUCCAAACCCACAUGGCAUUUCCAUCAUUGUGCUCAGUUAGCUCUUGCACAACUGAACAAAGAAGUAUGGUAAGAAGGGUGGUGAUUUUGUUUGGAUAUAGAGUAUUUAAAUGUAAUGUAACAGGACUUUGGAGAGUUGAAAUGUCUUUGUUUUGUUCUCUGGACAGACUCACAGUGCUAGUGUCAUUAACAAUUAUCACUUAUCUAAUAGUGUUGAUGACUUUCCCUCACAUUCCUCCUCUUCCUAUCAUUAAUCACCCGUUCUCCCACUCAUAUUUCACUUCAGUUAGUUAACUGCUGAUGUUUGUCGCUGUUCAUGUUUGCUGUUGCUCAGGCUGUGGCAGCACAUUUUGGCUGAGCGAUAUAGUUUCAGAGUAUCUGCAGCCUGUACCCUACUGACUCAGGUGUGAAGAGCGAGACUAUAAUUUGACCACGCUGUAUACCUCUGCUGAUCCAAUAGAAAAAAAAAUAGCAGCUUGAAAAGAUACCAUAAAAGAAUACUGGUAAAUGCAUAAGUAAAAAGUAGCACAAGGAGAAACAUAACAGCUAAAAGACAACAGAUUAUUUAACUCAACCAAAAUGCUAAAAGCGCUCAAUGUUCUCUUUCUUCUCUUUGUUCUGUUACCAUAUACCAAAACUUUUCCUCAGCAUUGGCAGUCACUGUUGAGUAAUUUUAAAAUAUUAUUUCGAAAUCUCGUCCCAAAUUUUCUCGCCUUUUAUCUCUUUUUCUAAAGCUAUUUAUUUAUUUAUAAGAAGAAAGUUGAUGUUUAAUGAUUGCUUAAGCAGGUUUAUUUGUCUCUUGCACAAUGUUGAGAGUAUAUUUAUUAUUUCACUUGUUCAUGCCCUGUAAAGACUGGUGUGAUGCUGAUUGCCCUCAACCUCAGCUACAGUUGGUGCUUUGAGAAACUCACAUGGGACAGCAGCUUUUGAUAAAGUUAGUUUCUAAUGUAAGAAGUAAGAUGCCUCUAUUCCAUUCCAUUUAUAUCAUAUUGUUUGAUAUAUAAAGAGAAAAAAACACUUUUAAAUGUUGAAUUUGAUAGUCUGUCAGAUUUUUAGCCAGGGCCUUUUUACUACAAAUACUGUUUGCACAUGUAAUGGUGCCAAUAAGACCAGGGUCAGAGUGAGUAAUACUCACUGACCUGAAACCCUAAAAUGUCACUAGCGUGUUCUCCCGAUUUAUAGUCAAGAACAAUUUCUUUUUGCUUGACCUGAAAACUAAAUCGCUUUGUGCAGAGACAAAGGCCCAAAAAUGCCUCAGUCUCUGAUAGCAUGGCUAGCUGCAGCCCCAUUUACAGCUACAUCUCUCAGUACAUUGCCCUUGUGAUUCGGUCACAUAGCAUUCCCAAUGCAAACAUUGGCAGAUUUUUUUUUUUUUUUUUUUUUUUUUUAAACCAAGGUGAAAUUUCAAUAUUUACACAAACAGUCAUACUCUGCUCUACUCCUCUACUCGGCUAAAUGUACUUUUAGCUUGCCUACAGUAAUAUACUGGCAGUGACCAGAAUAGGAAUUUCAUAUAGCUCUAUCGCCACUGUAAAUGUUUUUGUCAUUUACUUGGAUGUCACCAUAAAUGGGGCUUCUGCAGUAUUGAUCCUGUAUGAUCCCAGAAUCUGAGUGGUCACAGUUUUUGGCACAUCAAGAGAGCCAUCAAAACUUUGUGACUCUGUCUAAAUACUAUGGGGGCACCAUUUUCAGCUACAACUAUCAGAAAUUCCUAAUUAGGUCACAGAAGCGGAUGGGAAUUUGGCACAACGUAGGUAUCACCAAAUAUUAUAUGUUUUUGGGUAGACUUUUGACAUGGUACUCAAGCUAGUGACCGCUGAUGUGUGCAGAAACUGUAAAUCUAAAACUUCACCAUCCUUGGCUAAAUGUUGACUGUGCUCAGGACUGGCAGCUGGAUAGCUGUAGACAAGAGGUGUAUUGAGGUGGUUGGGAACAUUAGCUGUGUUUCAUUGGUACACCAGCUGAUGUGCUUUUGGCUUCCUGGCCCACAUUGUGUAACCUUGCUCCAAGAGCAGGGAUGGUCAAGUAGAGGUCAGGGAGCGGUUGCCGCCCACUGUGCCUUCUCUCUUAGAGGAGUGAAUGGAGGAUGGUUUGACAGUUUUUGUCACCUCUGUCGUAAAUUCUUUUGUUUAUGGCAUGCACACAUGAUAACCACAUGGACAGUGUGUGACCUUCUUUUCUAUGUCAUAUCAUGUUCAUGCAACCAGCACUUGCUUCUCUCCUUCCUCUCUCCUCUCUCCACACACACACACAGACACACACACCGUUUAACUCCCCUCGGUCCUGCAGUGAAAAUACAUUGGUGUCCUCUCAUGUUUAGUGUACCUGGUUUCCUCCCCGGGAAUUCUUACUGUUGUUUCUGGAUGCAGACACCGACUGGCCACCUUUGUUAAGAGCAUGUUGGUCAUUGGCAGCUGAGCCUUAUCACUUCACAGCCAGAACAUUGGAUGAUUUUGUGCCUAAAUGCAACUUCCUCUUGAUUUUAACUUUUACCCUGCAGUUUUUACCUUACCUCCUUUACACACGCACAUGUUUCGCACAUUACAGCCGUUACAGAAAUAGCCCAGUUACAGUGAAAACACCUUGGAUUUCACAUGCCCAGACACUACUCCUUGAUGGUUUUCUGGCUUGAAUCAGUUUAACCAACAUCAGCUCUUAAGAAGGUGGCCAUAAGGUGUGUAACACAAAUACAUCAAUUCCUUUCAGUUAUUUUGAAGGGGGUGCUACCUGAAGAAUAUACUAUUGUGUAUCAAGUGUUUUAUCUUUUACAAUGUUUUUGUUAUUUUAUACAUCAUUUUUAUGUUUUUGCAAGCAAAUAUUUGUAAGAAAUCAUAACUUUUAAUCUUAAAUCAUGCUGGAAAGCGCACCAUUUUAUUGUACUUUUUAUUUAAAAAGUAAAUACAUUUUGAUCCUAUUUUGAAUCUGUGGUUUGGUGAAAUCCUUUUUUUUUUUUUUUUUUUUUUUUUUUUGUUUGUUUGUUUGUUAGGACCUUUUCAUAUUGUAUUUUUUUACUCUAACAUUGCUCUCUGUCCAUGUCAACACGUUACCAGUAUAAAUCAAAGAUCAAGCUGAGAAACUUUAAAUAGAUGUAAAAACACACACACAAAAAAAAAAAAAAUGUAUAUUAUAAGAGAAAUUGUGUAAACUGAUUGUAGCAUCAAAAUGUUU